AUGCCGAGGGAAAAGGGAAUGGCCUUUUGGGGUUUCUUCGACGGCGACGGCGACGACGGCGGACCUGCGCCCGGCAUGAACGAGUUCCCCUACUACGCCGCCGCCGGCCCGGGCGCCCUCGCCUCCUCCUCCCUCUCGCCGCCGUCCUCCCUCGCGCCGGCCGGCGACGGCCGCGGCUUCGUGAAGGUGGAGGACGGCAGCCGGUCGAUGACAGACCACCUCCACGCCGUCUCCGGAGGCGAUGCCGGCGGCGGCGAGGACGGCGAGGCCGCGCCAGAGCUCGACCACCGCGGCAAGCGCAAGAGGCCCGCCAACGCGCGCCACACCCCUCGGCAGAUCCAUGAGCUCCAAGCGUUGUUCGAGCAAUGCCCCCACCCGGACGAGAAGCAGCGGGCGGCGCUGGGCAAGAGGGUCCGCCUCCAGCCGAGUCAGGUCAAGUUCUGGUUCCAGAACCGGCGCACGCAGUUGAAGAGGGAAUCUCUGCUGCACGAGAACCAGCAGUUGAUGGCGGAGAACGGCAAGCUGCGCGCCGAGAACCUGUCCCUCAGGGUGGCAAUGGCGCAUCCAGUGUGUGGCGGCUGUGGCGGCCCGGUCCCAGCGAUGCUUGACGAGUCGCCGUCCCUGGAGGAGGAGGACCUGCGCGUCCAGAACGCCACGCUCAAGAACGAGCUCAGCCGACUCUGCGCUCUCGCUUCCGUGUUCCUUGGCAGGUCCAUUUCCUACGUGGCGGCGCCACCAACGCCAGGCUCGCCAGCGGAGCGCAUUGGUUCAGUGCCGGCGACCACCGUGGCCAACUCGACGGUCACCGAGUUCACGGGCAGUCCCUCCAGCCAAACAGCGGGAAUGGCGAUCACGGCCAUGGCGAAGGCUGGCAUCGACAGGUCCGUGUUCUUGGAGCUUGCGACGAGUGCAAUGGAUGAGCUCGUCAAGAUGGCGCAGAUGGACGAGCCGUUGUGGAUUCCAAAUGUUCCCUUGCCUGGUUCCCUUGCCAAGGAGACGCUCAACCAUGAAGUGUACUUGAGGACCUUCUCGCCAGCCAUAGGGGUGAAGCCUCCGGGGUUUGUAUCCGAGGCCUCUAGGGAGUCCGGCAUUGUAAGCAGUGAUGGCAGCGUCGAGCUUGUGGAGACUCUGUUGGAUGAGAGACGUUGGUCCCGUUUUUUCUCGUGCAUAAUUGCCGAAUCAUCGACGAUCGAGGAGAUCUCUACUGGAGCUGCAGGAAGUAGAGAUGGUGCAUUGCUGCUUGUGAGUAUGCAGGCAAAGCUGCAGGUUCUUUCGCCUCUUGUCCCUAUUAGGGAGGUGACCUUUCUCAGAUUCUGCAAAAAGUUGGGUGAGGGUUUCUGGGCUGUAGUGGAUGUUUCCAUGGAUGAGUUGGUGAUGGAGCAAGGCCUUGCCGUGGCAUCCACCACUGCAAAUAUGAAGUGCCGGAGGCUGCCUUCUGGCUGUGUGGUGCAAGAUACCCCCAAUGGCUUCUGCAAGGUUACAUGGGUUGAACAUACAGUAUAUGAUGAAUCCUCCGUGCACCAGCUCUACCGGCCUCUCCUGCGGUCUGGCCUUGCCCUUGGUGCAGGGCGGUGGCUUGCGACGCUACAGCGCCAGUAUGACUGCUUGGACGUUCUCAUGCCGAAGCAAGACUCGUCAGAUGCCAUGUUGGAAGGAUCACGGAGCUUGCUGAGGUUGGCAGAGAGGAUGAUGGACAACUUCUGUGCGGGGGUGAGCGCAUCUUCUGCUGAAUGGAGCAAACUGGAGGACGUCACGGGGAGCAUUGGGGAGGAUGUGCGUAUCAUGGCAUGUAGGAGUGUGGAUGAACCUGGGGUGCCAGCUGGUGUGGUGCUGUGUGCUGCCACAUCGGUGUGGAUGCUUGUAACACCCAAACGGCUUUUCAACUUCCUGUGCAAUGAGAGAACGCGGGCUGAAUGGGACAUCCUAAGCAAGGGUGGCCCUAUGCAGGAGGUGACAAAAAUCUACAAGGGGCAACAGAAUGGCAACGCCGUAUCUCUACUGAAGGCCACUGCCCCAAACACCCAGCAGGACAGCAGCAUCCUGAUCCUACAGGAGACGUGCACAGAUGCAUCCAGCUCAAUGGUGGUGUACACCCCAGUGGACAUCCCAGCAAUGCGCCGUGUCAUGGGCGGGGAAGGCGACCCGGCAUCGAUCAUGCUCUUGCCAUCCGGUUUCGCCAUUCUGCCCGGCGGGCCGAGCAUAUCUGGCGACGACGGGCACAAGACAUGCGGCUCGCUGCUCACCGUGGCGUUCCAGAUACUCGGGAACAGGCAGCCCACCGGGAAGCUCACCGUGGAGUCGGUGCAGACCGUGGACAGCCUCAUCUCCUGCACCAUCAACAGGAUCAAGACGGCGCUGCGACGCCUGAGCGAGCUUGGGGACGGGGGAACCCUUUUGGCCUAG